UUCUUCUUCUUCUGUUAAUUUGUAGUAUUUCUGGUCAAAUAAACACUAGUCAGGCGGAGCGUAGACUGCUCAUGCGCAUGCGCAGUGAGCCUCGGUUGUUGUAGAAGUUUCAUAAACUUUCUACCUGCGGGUCGUAACGAGCUCUCCGCGGCGACAGAAAUGACCUCUACAUCAGAUCUGGAGCAGUUGGCAGAAAUAGAGCUUCAUGAUGAUGAUGAUGAUGGUGAUGAAGGUCAGAGGUCGGUUCCUCUCAGCAGAUCAUCUGAUUCUUCUCAUCCGUUUUAUGACGUGGCUCGACACGGAAUCAUACAGGUCUCAGGUGACGAUCGGUACGGCAGGAAGCUGAUCACCUUCAGCAGCUGCUGUUUGCCUCCAUCUCACCAGCUGGACCACCGACGCCUGCUGGAGUACCUGAAGUUCACGCUUGACCAGUACGUGGAGAUGGACUACAUCCUGGUCUACUUCCACUUCGGGCUGAGGAGCAGCAACAAGCCGUCGGUUGCCUGGUUACGAGAAGCUCACAAGGAGUUCGACAGGAAGUGAGAAGCCUUCGGUUCUCCAGGCCUUGAAGUUCAUUUAAGGUUCCUGACGUCAGAACAAAGAACCUCUAGAACCUGUUUUUAAUUCAUGAAGCUUCUUACUUUAACAUUCAGAUACAAGAAGAACCUGAAGAACCUUUACGUGGUUCACCCCACCAACUUCAUCCGGAUCGUCUGGAACCUCUUCAGACCUCUGAUCAGUCAAAAGUUCGGGAAGAAGCUGACGUACGUGAACUACCUGACGGAACUCGGAGAACACCUGAACUACGAGCAGCUCGUCAUCCCUCCUGCGGUGCUCAGACACGAUGAAAAGCUGCAAGCGGCUCAGAAAGGAGGCCCCGCCCCCCUAGUGAAGACCCCCCCUCCCCGCCCCCCCCUCCCAACGCAGCAGUUUGGAGUCAGUCUGCAGUACAUCCGGCUGAAGAGCCGCGGGGCGCCCCUCCCCCCCGUGCUGCAGCAGACGGUGACGUACCUGACGCAGAACGGUCUCCGGACCGAGGGGAUCUUCAGGCGCUCGGCUCGGGUCCAGAUCAUCAAGGACGUCCAGAGGCUCUAUAACCUGGGGAAACCCGUAAACUUUGACGACUACGCAGACGUCCACGUUCCCGCUGUGGUCCUCAAGACGUUCCUCAGGGAGCUGCCGGAGCCGCUGCUCACCUUCAGGCUCUACGGCCAGGUGCAGGCGCUGCUCGGCGUGGAGAGCAGUCUGAGGGUCAGCAGAUGUAAACAGAUGAUGGAAAAUCUUCCUGAACAUAAUUUCAUCGUCACCAAAUUUCUGAUGAGUUUCCUCCAUUUGGUGUCCCAGCACAGCCUCCAGAACAGGAUGAGCUGCUCCAGCCUGGCCUGUGUGUUCGGGGUCAGUCUGCUGCGGCCGCCGGCCGGCCCGCUGCCUCUGGAGCACCUGGACCAGAUCAACCUGUUCACCCAGAUCCUGCUGGAGCACUUCCACCCCGUGUUCGGGUCCCGCUGCCCCCCUGAACAUGUAGACCGCCACACACCUGUACAGGUAACCCCCUGAACCUGUAGACCAGGAUGACAUUGAUGGGCCCCAGACUCUGGCGCCCCCUUCAGGACGGAGUCGACUUCUCUUCAGAUUAGUGUUUACUUUAUUUGCCUGUUUAUUAAAUAUUCACUGUGCAUACAUAUUUAUUUUAUCUAGAUAUAUUAUAUAUCUAGAUAAAAUAUAUAUAUAUUUUAUAUAUUAAAUAACUAUAUAUUGUAUAUAUAAAUGUGUAAAUAUAACCUGUAACCUCCUCUGAAAGUCUUUUUAAACCUGAAUAAAAGGUGAAGUUGAA